AUGUCUAGGGAUUACGAUCAUUUGUUCAAGCUCGUGCUAAUUGGUGACUCUGGUGUCGGCAAAUCCUGUCUCCUGCUACGUUUUGCAGAUGAUGCAUUUACUGAGAGUUAUAUUACCACAAUUGGAGUGGAUUUUAGGUUUCGCACUGUAAAGAUUGAUAACAAGACUGUCAAGCUCCAAAUUUGGGAUACAGCGGGACAGGAGCGAUUUCGGACGAUCACGAGUGCGUAUUACCGUGGAGCAGACGGUAUCAUCAUGGUUUAUGAUGUCACUAGUCAGGAAUCGUUCGACCAUGUAAAUGACUGGUUGAAUGAAGUGAAUCGAUAUGCCAGCGAAGGCACAUGCAAGCUCCUUGUGGGUAACAAAAGCGAUAUCAGUGACAACAAGGCAGUGUCAUACGAGACGGCCAAAGCCUUUGCAGACAGCCUGUCAAUCCCAUUCCUCGAGACGAGUGCCAAAAACGCACAGAAUGUGGAGGAGGCCUUUUUUACCAUGGCCUCGGAACUGAUUACGAUUCGCGAGAUGGUUGGUGACUCUAACCGGCCUGUUGGUACCAAGUUGACGGGGAACACCAAAAGUAGCGGCAACUCUAGCGGAUGCUCAUGCAACUAG